AUGAACAUAUCUCUCAUCACUUUCUACAAGCCGAACAUGUCUCAAGCAAAGAAAGCAUUGGACACGGUCAUAAAGACAAUGAAGAUGUUAGAUGAUGCUAUUAUUAAAUUCUGCUGUGGAGGCUAUUGUAUGACGACUCUAAUUAAUGAUCUGGCGGGCCCCGAGAAACAAAUGAAGGAAGUUGUCGACCAGGUUAGAUUGCUAAAGCCGGACUCAAAUCAAGAGACAUCCGCCGAUGGGGCGAUAGAAAGGGGAGAACCCGAUAAGAUGAACGAGCUUGUGCGGGCGACGUUCUAUCUGUACAAGGCGUUGGAGACGGGCUUCCUCGAUCUUCGGGAUAAUGUGGAACCGAAGGGCAACCAUUAUGUCUUUUUUGCCCUAAAGGACUUUCUGGUUGAGGUCGUGUUACGCCCGCGGCAUAUAAGUGCAUGGAAGCAUGGAUACCCUCGGAGAACUAGUAAGCCAGUACAAGGCAUACCAUUGGGUAUUGUAGCUAUGCAAGGGCAAAGCGACUUCACGGAUUACAGGGUUCGGGCGUUUAUGAACUAUGAGUAUCGAACAAUCUAG